GCGGUAUCUCUUUCUCUUUCGGUGCUUCCAUUCAUCUUCGUCUUCGUCUUCGUCGUCAUCGAUCUCUGCACUGAUUGUCCUGCUGCCGUUGAUGGUAACACUCCUGUCCUUUUCUGACCGUUGAUGGUGUCCGUCUCUUGUUCCUGCACGAUGUAACUCGCAGUUUGUCGUGUGCUCCCAGACAACUGCCGUCCCUCUCUCUCUCUCUCUGUGUCUGUGUCUCUUUCUCUCUCGCGCAGGCUGUGCACUACAGUCGAGAGAGGACUGGACAAGUCCGGCAAAGGGGGAGGGAGAGACUGUAUCGAUCAACGUUGUCUGUCGCAAGAGGUGGAGUAGAGGAGGAGUAGAGGAGGAGGAGGAGGGAGAAGAGGGGCUUGGAGGAGAGGGAGAAAGAGUAGGUGGGUAGGUAGGUAGGUAGGUAGGUGGCUUGUUUUUCUGCUGGGUUGGUUAAUUUGGCGGGGGAGCUGGGUGUUCGAUUAUUGAAGGAAGGUGCUGAUCGGGGUUGUUGAUUGGAUAUGGCAGAGAGUGGGGGUCAGGAGGGGGGGGGGAAUGGGGUGCACGCGGGCGAGGAAGAUGGUGGGGAGGUCCAGGGCGGAGAACUACUUUUCUGUGGCAAUGCGGAUUGGGCGUUGAAGAAGGGAGAUUCCCGGAGUGACGAUCGUUCGGAGAAGUUUCCGUUCAUUUUGGAACCUUCGAGACUGGCAAGCAUGAAGGGAAUCAAGAUCGUCCACGUGGCGGCUGGGUGUGUCUCCUCUCAUUGUGUGGCUGUGGAUGUCGACGGCCGCUGCUUCACCUGGGGCAAGAACGACACCGGGCAGCUGGGCCUCGGGGACACCCUCCAACGCAACGUGCCUGUCCACGUGUCCGGUCUCUCGUCGAAGAUCAAGGUAAUCAAGGCGGCCGCGGGCCGCCAUCACACAGUGGUGGUGGGUUCCGAUGGCUCGUCUUACAGCUUCGGUCAGAACAAGCACGGCCAGCUGGGCACGGGAUCUAUAAAGGGGGAGAUGGAAGUUUCCCCCGUAAAGGCGCUCGUGCAAGAUGCAUUCGACGUGGCAUGCGGCGGUGAAUUCACGCUCUGGCUGACCGAUGUUAGUCUCUUGUCUGCUGGCCUGCCUCAGUAUGGGCAAUUGGGGCACGGGACAGAUCACGAGUACAAUAACGCAUCGGGAACGGUGAAGUUGGUAUACGAACCACAGCCGCUUCCACGUGCCAUCUCGACGCUUCAAGGCAAGAAGAUAGUAAAGGCGGCAUGCGGAAUCAAUCAUAGCGUGGUUGUAGAUUCUGAGGGGUUUGUGUAUACGUGGGGCUUUGGCGGGCAUGGGAGAUUAGGGCAUAGGGAGCAGAAGGACGAAUGGAAGCCCAGGAUGCUGGAUGUGUUCAAGGGGGGGAACAAAGUGCCAAGCAAUGGAGUGGUGGGGGCGGGAGGGGCUUUCUCGGCAGCGUCUGCCGCGGGAGGACAACUGUAUACCUGGGGCAGAGUGAAAAUGACCGGCGAUAGUAUCAUGUACCCUAAAGCGCUAAUGACCAUAAGUGGAUGGACGAUCCGCAGCUUGGAUUGCGGAUCUAUGACAACCCUAGCGGCAGCUGAGUCCUCUUGCAUAAGCUGGGGAACUGCCCAGUACGGAGAGCUAGGGUAUGGCGCAAAUGGACCCAAGUCGUCGGCAUUACCGAAGAAGAUCGACUCGUUGGAAGGCAUGCAUGUACAUAAAGUGGCGGCAGGAGUGUCACAUUCUUUGUUUAUUGUUGACGUCAAGGGAAAUGGCAAGGAAAUGAUUGAGAAACUUCCCGUCUUCGAGUCCAAAGCGGGCGAGGCUGUCACUGAUGGUAGUGAGCAUGAAGUGAAGGGGGGUGGCAAGAGAAAGGCAGGUGGUGCGCCUGCUGGGCCAGCAAAAGGGGCAGGACGUGGGCGAGGCAAAAGGCCUGCAAUUGGCAAGGAUAAACCGGUGUUGAAGUCACAUGGAGCUGAUGUUGCAGGGGAAAAGACAAACGACAAGGGUGUACAUGAUGAGGAUGGACACGGUGAUGAGGAGGCGGCGGCAAAGAAGCCGGGACCACUUCGAGUGCUUGGGAGGGCGGGUGUAAAUAGUCCUCCAGCGAGCGGGCGAGGGAGAGGGCGUGGGCGAGGUGCAGCUGCUGCUGGGCGAGGAGCGGGGCGUGGAAGGGGGAGGGGAAGCAAAAAGCAAGGAGAUAGUGAAUCGGAGGAGCCUUCUAGCGAUGAUGACAGUCCGGAAUCGGAUAGCGAUGGAGAUGAUACAUACACUGGAAGUGCAGCGAAGAAGAAGUUUGGUACUGUAGGACUCCGGCCGGCUGCCUCUGGAGAAGGGUUGCUAGCUGGAGCAGCUGCCAAAGGAAGUGGAAGGGGACGAGGGAGGGGACGGGGAAGAGGUAAACGUGGGAAGUAGUUGCAAUUGCACUGAUGAUCGGGGAGUGGCCUAGUUCUUGUCUGGUAGUAUGUGCAGUUUUCAGAGCAUGAUCUUUGCUUUUUGCAAUUUUGAAAUGCAGAGAAUAUUCAUUGCUGCAGGAAGCCCACAUAUGUGUCACACAAAGAGAGAGAGAGAGAGAGAGAGAGAGAGAGAGAGAGAGAGAGAGAGAGAGAGAGAGAGAGAGAGAGAGAGAGAUGCUGGCAAUAUGGUCUUGCUUAUACUAUUGGCCGCAUUAUGUUUACAUCUCCUUGUGGGCUUGGAGUGCCAGACUACAAUUAGUAGAAUCGUGGCGCAGCUGUUUCUUUUUCUCUGUAUUUUCGUUGGCCUAGCCAUAGGAUUGCUCAUCGUCAGAAAAAGGUCUUCCCCAUUCACUGUAUUUUGCCUUGUGAGGGUGCGCUAAACGCGACAGGAAUUCACACAGACAAACAUAUGGAAGGAGAAGAGGUGAUGACUGAAUCAUGUAGAGGACCGGGAGAAAGGGUGGCGCAAGGGUUGUGUAGCGUGUUACGAGCACUUGCGUCGGGUGAUAAAUGUGCGCAAAAGGGGGGCCGUUGUGGCGGUAGCUUUGAUGGUCGGGGCGUGCGGAGGCAAAAAACAAACAUGUUGAAUGCGAAAGUGGCGAACCUGGUCGUUGAGCGGCGCUCAAGGUGUUGCUCGGUAAGCUGGCAACAAGAUUGAUUAUAGGGGCGGUCACGAGGAGGGGGCGUGGGGGAAAUGGAGAGAAAUGGAGAGAUUACAGGGGGGUUCUUGCGAGGGUGCAUGUGGGAAAAUCUGAUGGCUUGGCAAUUUAUUCAUUUGUCAAGGUUUUGGGGGGUUGGGAUGCAUUUCGGGGAUCGAGGAGGGGGGGGCUUUUUUCCCCUUCUCUCGACCUUCAUCGGUUGCGUGGUCAUUUCAAAGAAGACCGACCGAUUGUGAGUCAAGGGGCCGCGCUCCACUACUCACCAGAUGCAGAAAAGACAAAAUGUGGCGGCGGUGUAGCUUCCCUUGUUCUAGUGGCAGAUUCAUUGUCAUUUUGCAUACUUGGUGAGUAGUGGAGCGAGGCCCAAGCGCACGCGGUUUGGAGCUGUCGAGCGGCAAAAAGAAAUUUCUAGCAUACGCAUCGGGAACUGCAGCGCUCAGGCACAACGGCUGGCUGCAGAUGAGAAUCACUGUGGAUUAUAUUUCUGGAACUCAAAAUAGACAGACACACAGACACACAGACAAAAAGACACACAGACAGACAGUCUUAUUCUCCAACUGCAGAUAUCAUCAUAAAGCAAUUAGAAACAGUAGGCGGGAGGAGUCCCUUUUUUGUACGCCCUCCUGUGAUGUUAUUAUCUCAUCGACGAUGGUUGUACAUAAAUCUACACUUGGGGAAGUAGUUCUGAGCUGUGGGGCUGAGAUGGCGAUGAUGACAAUGGGCGAUGAUGACAACGUUCUCAUUUGUUUUUUACCUUUUAAAUUGAAGAGGAUGACCCUCAUUGUUUCAGUUUUGUCAGGUUUUGCCUUUUCAC